AUGGACUACUUUAAGAGCAUUUCCAACCAAUUGUUGACUAAAUUGGGCGCUCAGAAGGAACAGAUCGAAGGCAUACAACAGGCCAUCAAAGACUCCGGUUUCGAUGGCUCCAAAAACGUGAGUUUCGCAGCCGUUCGCCAGAAGCUAAAGGAACGGGAUCUGAGCGAUCAGGAGAUCGAGAUGUUGUUCUCGAAGUACGACCUAGAUCAGAAUAGAGAGCUCGAUGAACAAGAGUUGAGGGCUAUGUUUGCCGACUUGGAGGGCAAGAAGAAUGAGAUCGAGAAAGAGAUGGCAGAGAAUGAGAACAAACGCCCAGAGAGUAGCCGAAGUGUGCACCGGUAUGGCGGCGGCGGUGGACCCGAUAUGAGUAAACUGACCAAAAGGGUAGACCGAAUGGAGUACACUCUGAGUGUGAUUUCCUCCAAAAUUGACUCCGUUUUGGGCGGAAAAGUGCUUUUGGCCGCAAAACCAGAUGAUGUCAAGACCCGACUCGAUGAGGAAGACCUGGAUAACUGAAUACAUUAAUUGCAACUAAACCUUAUAAACGCAUUUAUAGUUUAGUUAAUAACUUAUAUUUAAACUUAAAAAUAUAUCUAUAAAUAUUCAAAAUAAGUAGUGUUAUUUAUUGGAAAUUUUAAUA